AUGGACACCCAAACAGGCAGCUCGCCGUCUGCAAGCACGCCGGCCUCGGUUCAAGUCGAUUCAGAGCUUGGCCACCACGGUGAUACCCCUUCGGACAACGACGACACGCUCGAAGUAAUCACACCACCGUCCAAGGACCUCGAAGCCGCUCGGAAGCUGAACAGAAGUGGAAGCGAUGACUCGGACGAGAAGAAGGAGCUGGUAAGCUGGGAAGGGCCUGACGAUCCGAACCACCCGCACAACUGGUCUGUGGCCAGGCGGGUCUACCUCACCUUCCUGGCGUGUGUGGUAGUUCUCGCGUCGACGUUUACUUCAUCCAUCUCGUCGGGUGUCUCGGAGAGCUUGAUGGCGCACUAUGGUUUCGGCAAGGAAGUCGCUGCGCUCACGAUCUCGGUGUUUGUCGCGGGCUACAUCCUGGGGCCUUGGCUGUGGGGGCCGCUAUCGGAACGCAUUGGUCGUCGGCGGGUGUUUACGGCGUCGCUGUUCAUCUACACGUGCUGGAACGUCGGUUGCGCGCUGGCGCCCAACACGGGUGCGCUGCUGGCACUGCGAUUUCUGGCAGGCACGGCGGCGGCGGCACCUCUGAGCAACUCGGGCGGGCUCAUUGCCGACCUGUGGAAGACGCGCGUGCGCGGGAUUGCGACGGGCCUAUACGCCUGCGCGCCAUUCACUGGGCCCGCACUGGGACCGAUCGUCAGUGGGUUCAUCCAGAACUCGGGGACGAGUUUUCGGUGGGCGUUUUGGGUGUGUGCCAUCUUUUCAGGCGUCUGCUGGGCGAUGGUCGUGUUCACGCUGCCAGAGACGUUUGCGCCUGUCCUGCUCCAGAGAAAGGCGGAGAGGUUGCGGCGUGAGACGGGCUGUGGGCAGUAUCGUGCGCCGCUGGAGGAGGUUAGGCUGACGCCGUCGACACUGGUGCGCACGGUACUGCUCAAGCCGCUCAUCAUGUCGGUGCAGGAACCGAUGCUGCUGGCGUCGAUCCUGUUCAUGGCGUUUCUGUACGGUGUCGUGUACUUGCUGUUCGAAGCGCUGCCCAUCGUGUUUGGCCAAGGCUAUGGCUUUAGCGCUGGUAUUGUGGGGCUUAUGUUCAUCCCCUUUGCGGUUGGCGCGUUUGGGGGCGUGCUGUUCUACAUCGCUGUGUUGUUCCCGCGGUACUCGCGUUUGGUCGAUCGAGCGCCGGACAACCAGGUGGCGCCCGAGGAGCGUCUACCGAUGGCAAUGCUGGGCGCACCCGUGCUCACCAUUGGUUUCUUCUGGUUCGCGUGGACCAGCGAUCCCAACAUCAACUUCUGGGCCCCCAUGCUCUCCACAGCGCUCCUCGGCUUUGGCAUCUUUUUCGUCUUCCAGGGCCUGUUCAAUUUCAUCAUCGACGCUUACACGGUCAAUGCUGCCUCGGCUCUGGCUGCCGGCGUCAUCGUCCGUAGCUGCUUUGGCGCUGCAUUUCCCUUGUUCGCCAGGCAGAUGUACUCCAAGUUGGGCACCAAGUGGGGCUCGAGCUUGCUGGGCUUUGUGGCGUUGGCCAUGACACCCAUCCCGUUUCUGUUGUAUCGCUACGGACCUCGCCUCAGAGCAAUGUCACGCAGUGCCAAGUAG